GUUCCGGAAAGAACAGGUACUGCAGGAGAGGUUCAGGAGGAGUGGUGUUGGAAGGGGAAGGAAUCAACGUCGGUUCAAAGCCAGUCUCAUGCCAGGGGAGUGAGCUGUGUGUAGGGCAGGGUCCGGCUGCUGGGGAGCUUCCACACGGACAGGUGAAGCGAGAAUGGAGCCGGCCCUGAGUCAGGAGGUGGUCACCAACUUUCUGGUGCAAGCUGGAGGCAAAGUCAGGAACUCGGAGCUGCUGCACAACUUCAGGGGUGAGCUGGCGCACAGCGAUCCGGAGCGAAAGAGGGCAGCCCGGGAGCUCUUCAAAAAGCUCAUCAAUAACGUGGCGGUGGUGCGGGAAGAAGCAGGCGUCAAGUUCGUGGUGUUGAAGAAGAAGUGGCAGCCCCUGGUCACCGCCCAGCAGACCCGCUCCUCGGCUCCCGGCCCCGGCCAAGGACACCUCGCCCAGGGACCAGGCAAGGGGGAGAGUUUGGGCGACUUGGUGGAAGCUGGCCGGGGUGCGCGGGGCUCCCAGGGGCCGGGGGCUAGGAGGAACUCAGCCCCUUCGGCACUGACACCCAGUCAGCUCCGAGCCCUGAGCAACCUGUCAGCUCAUCUGGAAAACCAAAGGGAGGCCCCCACCCAGGCUUCCAAACCUGACCCACUGGUGGAGGAAUGGCAGGACUUGACUGCAUCCUGGGCCAUGCACCGCCCCAAGAGUCAUAGCCUCGAACACAUCGUGGAUUGCCAACACCUGGUUUCCGAGUGUCGCCCCUUGGCACAGAGCUUAUCGGUGGAGGCUAUUUCAACCUCUGAAUGCCCCAGCUCUAAUGCAGAUCAGGCUAACACUGCGCUCACCCCUCACCCUCCUCCUGAACCUGAGCACUUGCUCCCUCUUCCGCACUCCCCCACUGAAGACAGCAUUUUGAGUUUUGAGCAGAAGGUUGGACGCUAUGAAGCCAAGGCCAAUGAUGUUAGUCCUCAGGGAGCUCCAAACGCAACAUCAGCUCAGAAACCGAAACCAUACAUGCACCCACUCCGCCUGCCUCCAGACUCCACCAGGUAUGAUCACUGCCACAGCCGCCAACAAGAUAAGGAGGAGUCAGAAGAUACUGUUCCAAUCAAGAAUAGCUGCCAAGUCGUUUCAGGUGAGCAAGAUGCACCCAAAAUGAAACAGAAUCAGCCAGCAGAAAUGGGCUCUCGUUCACCUAAUUUGAAGAGAGCUUCCAGGCUUUUGAAGCUUCCUGAAGAUGCACGAUUUUCUGAUCAAGUCCCCUUAGAUCCCAUCGAACAUGAGUGGAUUGUGAAAACAGCCUUGGGCCAGUGGACCCAGGUAUCGGGAUUGCUGCUGAGAGACAACUAUUUGGCGGAGAAGAAGGAUUUCAUGUAUGGCUUCACAGCUGUUCACUGGGCCGCCAAGUCUGGCAACAGUGAAAUGAUGUGUUGGAUCAUUGAUACAGCUGAACAAAAUGGCAUCAAAAUGGAUGUCAACUCCAAAGCAUAUGGUGGUUACACUCCUCUACACAUAGCUGCUAUACAUGACAAGGAGAAUAUCAUUGUUGAUCUAGUUCAAAACUAUGGCGCAAAAACAACUCUAAGGGACUAUAGUGGCAAGAAGCCAUACCAUUACUUAAAUAAGAACAAUUCCAUCAAAGUGAAGCGACUGUUAGGGGACCCAGAGGCAUUCAUCAGUGAAUCUAUCCCCCCGAAAAGGGGGUCAAAGGUGGCAUCUUCCAUUCUGAGCAGCACUAACACACUGCUGGGUGCUUUAGCUGAUGAUAUAAGCUUUCAGGAGUUUUCUAAAUCAUUGAAAAAGCCGCCUAAUCUCGGCAAGUUCUUUACCGCUCCAACUGGGCACAAGAAAAGAGCUAAAAUGCGCGUGAACUUUGCAUCACUGAAUGAAGAGGAAGAAGAAAAAGAGAUAGUUCUGAAACGUCGACCUGUGACUGAAGUGUUUUACUAACCUCUUUCCAUAAUUUUUCAAAGGAUCAUAAUUGAUCGGUGGAAAACUACUUCUUCUGUUGCUGUGUUAAUGUAUUAGGUGAUUGUUGGGUGAUUUUGUGGGCCAAAAUGUAAUCUUUUGAACUAACUAGGAUUUAAAAAUUAUUAUUGUGCUGGUAUUUAUGCAUGGCAGCAUCUCAUGUUAACGUGUUUCAUUUCUAGAAGAUUUGUUUUAUUCUCAGUUGCUUGUGUACCCCAUAUACCACACAUGUGGAUCAUAGGUCAGAAUUUUUUUAGGUCAGAGAAGUUACAAUGUAGCCCUACUGUUUUCAGUCAAGUGGGUGCUGCUUUUGCCUUGGCUCCCUUCUCAUUAUGUUCACAGUUUUUCUGGUGGGCAGGGUGUGUCUGGCAUUAGCUGUCGUAGAACACUAGUUUGAGUUAAUGUUGUGAACUGAUUAUAGGCCAUAAAUUGGUUACAACGCAGAGUGAUCCUGCUCCAGAGUGAUCCUGCUAUCCCUUUUGGGGAUUUUUUUUCUUGUUAAAACUUGAAUAUUUAGCUGCAUAAUGACUGCCUCAAAAACAUUUGCAUUGGCAUGUAAAAGCAACAUUGUGGUCAGGCAUGUAGAAUAUUUACUUGAUUAUGUUCUUGCAAUGUACCCAUUACUUAUGACCAAAGCAGUGUCCACAGGUCAGUCUGCUCCCCUGUUUACACUCUCCCCAACCUAAGACACUGCAACCUACUACAUUUUCUCCACCUUGAAGGGCUUUGCAGGAUUUGAAGCCUCCUACAUGUUAAGGACUUCAGCCCCAUUCAACUGCCCCAUUUUCUCAUGCUGUCAAAAUUUGCUUUCUCGACAUUUUAAAACAUUGGUUUGUGACUGUAUCUUAAUACACUCAAACCUGGUAUCAAACUCAAUCAUUUUAUUGUUGUGAUUUGAAGAUUCUCCCUUAUCUGUCAGAUUAUUUAUUUUUUUAUGAUUGUUUGUUCCUCAUUACUAAUUCGAAUAUGUCCUGCUCCCUUGUCAUUUGUAAUAUUUCUAGAAAUUGAUGAAAAACUAAAGGACAGAUUUCAGAAGCUUUGUUCAAAUAAAGUUUAUUUGUUUUUAACCAUAUGGAUUUCAUGUGUUGAAGAGAGCAGUGGAGAGACAUCUUCACAGUAUUUAUCAUCUACCUUCCUUCAACACCCACUGAGAAGAGUGGCAUUUACCUUGGUAUAUCUUUUCUUUUGUUGUUGAACAUUAUUUGAUUAGAAUGUGACUGAUACACUUUGAUAGGUUUUUAAUGAAAAAUUACAACCAUUUUGAUUUUUAUUUGAUUUCCAGCAUUUGCAGUUGUUUUGGUUUUUGCUUUUAUUUCACUUCGGGAAAGCAUAUAAAGCUGAGACACAGAACAACAAUGGUAACAAAGCAAUGGGAAGACUUAGUGAAAUUGUAAAAAUAU